GCCCGACCUUCAUUUACCCUUGGGAAGGUUAAAGAAGUCAUGCAAAAAGUGCAAAAGAUUCUCUCAAAUUAAGUUUGUCACGUAACUUUUUAACACUUUAUCACUACAUAGUCACGUGACCGUGUUCUCAAAUUUGGAAAUUUGGCAAUAGGGACGUUCAUUGAUUAUAGUCUAGUCGACCAAAAAACUCAAAGAAGUGUAGAAGCCGGCUAGUCUAGUUUUUACCAUUUCUGGAUCAUAUCUCAGGUUAACAAACAUUGCCAAAAUGCCUAUCAAAAGCAUCCUCGCCCGCAACAUUUUCGACUCCAGAGGCAAUCCUACUGUCGAAGUAGACCUUGUCACUGAACUAGGACUCUUCCGCGCUGCCGUACCAUCAGGAGCCAGCACAGGUGUCCACGAAGCCCUAGAACUUCGUGACAACGACAAAACCCGCUACCACGGCAAAGGCGUCCAAAAAGCCAUUGACAACAUCAACAAAAUCAUCGCCCCUGAACUACUGAAAGCGGGACUUGAAGUCACCCAGCAAACUGAAAUCGAUGAGUUCAUGAUCCAAUUGGACGGUACUGAAAACAAAUCCAAAUUGGGUGCCAAUGCCAUCUUGGGUGUUUCUUUGGCUGUAGCCAAAGCUGGUGCUGCCAAAAAAGGGGUUCCUUUAUACAAACACUUGGCUGAUUUGGCUGGAAACACCAACAUUAUUUUACCAGUGCCCGCUUUCAAUGUUAUCAACGGCGGUUCCCAUGCUGGUAACAAAUUGGCUAUGCAAGAGUUCAUGAUUUUGCCUACCGGAGCCGCCAACUUUACUGAGGCUAUGAAAAUGGGCAGCGAAAUUUAUCAUCACUUGAAAAAAGUUAUUAACAAUAAGUUUGGUUUGGAUGCUACUGCUGUUGGUGAUGAAGGUGGUUUCGCUCCAAACAUCCAAAACAACAAAGACGCUUUGGACCUAAUCAACGACGCCAUCGCUAAAGCAGGCUACACUGGUAAAAUUGAAAUCGGCAUGGAUGUUGCCGCCUCUGAAUUCUACAGAGAUGGCCAAUACGAUUUGGACUUCAAAAACCCCAGCUCUGACAAAAGCAAAUGGAUUUCGUCUGAGAAGCUUCAGGCCCUCUACCAGGAAUUUAUCAAAGAUUUUCCAAUUACUUCAAUUGAAGAUCCUUUUGAUCAAGAUGACUGGAGUGCUUGGUCUUCUAUCACUGCUGCAACUGAUAUCCAAAUUGUUGGAGAUGAUUUGACUGUUACCAACCCAAAAAGAAUUCAAACUGCUGUAGAAAAAAAGGCUUGCAACUGUUUGCUGUUGAAAGUGAACCAAAUUGGUAGUGUAACUGAAUCUAUUAGAGCGCAUUUGCUUGCCAAGAAAAACGGUUGGGGCACAAUGGUGUCUCACAGGUCUGGCGAAACUGAAGACACUUUCAUCGCUGACCUUGUAGUUGGGCUUUCUACUGGGCAAAUUAAAACUGGCGCCCCCUGCAGGUCAGAACGUUUGGCCAAAUACAACCAAAUCCUUCGUAUUGAAGAAGAAUUGGGAGCUGCAGCUAAAUAUGCUGGAAAAACCUUCAGAAAACCACAAUAAAUUUUUGUAUGAUGUUGGAAACUGUUUAUUCCAAUCAAUCAAUUUGUUUGAGAAGUUUCAUUUUGAUUUCAAAUAUUAUAAGGAGUUUUGUGUAGUAAUGACUCUCAGAGUAGAAAAAAAUGUUGUAUUUGUGGUAUAGUUGUUUAAAAUAAAUUUAUUUAUUUAUUCACACAUGAUUUUGCUUUUAUAAUAUCAAUAAAUGAUUUAUAUUACAUGUAAGAAAAAUGUUUUAAAGUUGUUGAAUAUUGAAUAAAUCAACAUACAUACUU